UUUUUUGGUUCAGGGGUUUUGUGAGUGUAUUCAUCUUCUUCUUCACAAGCUUCUUGAUAUUUGAAAGAUUUUGUAAACCAAAUCAGACAGUUCUAUUAAUUUUGUGUAGAGGAAGACGAGAAUAGUCUAAUCCAAUCAUGGCAGGUUGUGUACCCAGAAUUGAAUUUGGUUGUUCAAGUCAUUGUCUUGAACAAAGCCUUACUCUUUCAUGGAACUUAAGAGCAUGGAAUUUGGGUAGAUUGAGCACAAGCUCACAUUUGCAGAAACUUCCUUAUCCUUUGGAUGUAGCUUCUACUCGAAAACAUUACAAGAACAGUUUGCUUUUGAAAAGAUUUUUAGUUGGUGUUGGCACAGAGGAAUCAUCAUUGUCUGAAGAUUCACUCAACGAAUCUAUUUCUCGACCUCUCACUAGCGGCGAGUUGAAGUCACUGCUCAUUGAUACAGAGAGAUCAAAACUUGUUAAAAAAUUGAGUGAAGCUAAUCAACAGAAUCGUUUCCUCAAGCGCCAGCUUAAGACGCAGGAGAAUGAGAUAACUAACAUCAAAAGUGAGCUUGCGGUUAUGGAGCUCGAACUUCAGGCUUUGGUCAGACUGGCGGAAGAAAUAGCAAACCUUGGUAUUCCAGAAGGUUCUAGAAAAAUCAGUGGAAAAUACAUUCAGUCGCACCUUCUCGCUCGUUUAGACGCUGUUCAAAAAAAGUUGAAGGAACAAAUAAAAGAUGUCGAGGCUGUACAGACAAAGGAGGUUCAUGUGUUCUGGAUUGGCAUGGCAGAGAGUGUACAAGUAAUGGGAUCGUUCGACGGAUGGAGCCAACGUGAGGACUUAUCGCCUGAGUACUCAGCUUUAUUUACCAAAUUCUCCACCACAUUAUUCCUUCGUCCCGGGCGGUAUGAGAUGAAGUUCUUAGUGGAUGGAGAAUGGCAGAUCUCACCUGAGUUUCCUACUUCGGGAGAAGGGCUGAUGGAGAACAAUGUCUUAGUGGUGGAAUAGCCACUCAUCUUUCUGCAUCACAUAAUUAGGUAAAUACACCCUUAAACAUAUUCAGACUGGUGUGGAUGAGAUUCUAGACAUAACCAAUAUAUACUAUAAGUUUUUUGGAGGGUUUUGCCUUGCUAAUAUUUUAUGCUUCAAUGGAAUCUGAGCUGUUUGAUACAAGGAAUAGUAUAAAUAGGUGAGAGGAAGAAGAUACUAAGUGUCUUUGGAUCAUAAACUAUUCUUCAUUUUCUUCUAGUUUGUUUAUGGUUAGUCAAGAAGUAUUCUUCUUCGUGGUUAUCA